GGGUUCCCCACUGAUCCCGUGAACGGCCAUGACAUGUAGAUUUCCGUUUGUCGCACAUCACGUCAAGAGAACCACAAACAAAGGGUCCCACGGUGCAUAUAAGGCCAGAGUCCUUGUAGUAGUCUAGUCUUACGCGUCAAACUACUUUAGCCGACGCGCAACUCGAUUACAGUCUAGAGGAUUCAGGUGAAGGCGCUAUGAUCGACAAACAGGAUGGAGGCUCAACGGGACACGGUCUCACGUGCUGGCUGCUGGAUACAAGAUCAAUAUGGCCUGGAGAGAAGAUUACAGAUUCAGAAUCCGCCCGGGAAGCACUCUCGCUCAUCAGCCAGGAAGAACAAGACCUCAUAAAACGCAAAUACCACGUAGCGGAUGCGCGAAUGAGCCUGGGAUCCGCCCUCCUGAAACGUCUUUUUGUUCACAAAACUCUGAACGUCCCUUGGAAAGACAUCCUCUUCGGCCGAAGACGCGAUCCCAAACAUGGAAAACCAAUCGCCCUACUGAUACCACCCCAAUAUGGCCCUGCGCCCGUAGAAUUCAACGUCAGUCAUCAAGCCGGUCUAGUCGCCCUCGUAGGCUGUUCAACCCAUGAACUCGAUGCCGAAGUCGGCGUAGACAUAGUCUGCGUAAACGAGCGGAACGAUUAUCGCGUUGUCGACGAAGAAGGCUUCGACGGCUGGGUAGACAUGUACGCUGAAAUCUUCAGCACAGAAGAGUGUUUCGAUAUCAAGUACAACGUCGACCCAUUUCCUCUUCUCGAUGGCACAAUGGUCACACAUGAGAUUCUAGGAAGACACGAUCGUUGUUGUCAUCGAAACGAGCAUUUGAGUGUUACGCUACCGAACGGGGAGCAGAGGGAGCUUGAUUCAGAUCUACUCAUUGAUGCGAAGCUAAGACGGUUUUACACGUUCUGGUGCUUCAAAGAGGCCUAUAUCAAGCUUGAUGGUGAGGCUUUGCUCGCUCAGUGGAUUCCACAAUUAGAAUUUAAACAUGUUCGUGCACCGAGGCCGGGGACUCCAGCCCGGUGUAGUACACACGGUACCUGGGGUGAGAGAUACAGCGAUGCGGAGGUUUGGUUCUCCAUGAAGGGAGAGGAGAAGGGACCUGCGGGUAUAAGGGGUUUGAAGAAAGGAGAGUCCAGGAGGUUGGAGGAUACAAGGGUAGAGAUUCAAGCUUUUGAGGAGGACUUCAUGAUUGGGGUUGCGGCUAGGGAGAGGAGGGAUCCUGUGGUCGAUGGGACUAAGAAGAAGCUACCGGAUGUGUUGACACACUUCAGGGGACUGCAUUUGGAGGAGGAUGUCAUGAGUGUUGCCAGGAGUGCGUAAUGGCGACAGCUAACCAGCUGCACUGCGCUAAUGUUCGCAAACCAUAGUCCAUGAGCUCAGAAAUGUCUCGGUGUCUAAUUCCAGAGUGUACGUGUCUUCUAUGGGAUGUUGGCUGUUUUGCUGGUGCACGAGUUAGUAGAAGCGCACCGAGACUGGGAUGUUUGGUUGUGCAGGUGAGUAAGCUGACCGACCUCGAAAGGACCGAACGGCAGGCGCGUCAACUUUGUUCCAUGCUAAGAGUCACCUACAACAUCACCU